GUAAUUUGUUUUUUUUUUCUACUGAAGUGUCAUUUAACAUCUACGAAUUUAAUGAGUGCAUAACUCCAGUUUUUACGAGUAAGCAAUGGAAAUUAAGACGUAAAAUCCUUCUGUGGUCACCAAGGCUUCGUUAUCGACUCAACCGCUGCCUUUUUAGCGGUAAGUUUGUGCAGAGCCAACUUAUUUUAAACAUCAAAAGAUUCGGUGGAUGAUGGAUGUUGACUGUUCGUCACCAUCACCGUGACUCAGACUCUAAACAGUAAACAGCACCAUGUUGGGUUCAGAUCUCAGUACUCCCCACGAAUCCUUCACGAAUAAUGUGUUCACUGAGAUGUACUUGCUGUCACUGAGAUGACUGUGAGAUGGUAGUGAGAUGGAGAAGCAGAACGCACUCCGAAGCUUCAUUGACAACACUGGUUUGGAGCCAGAUCUCGCUGCCCAAAUUCUCUCAGAAGUGAACUGGGAUGUGGGGAGGGGGAUUCAGAGGUUCCAGGAUCAUGUUCGGACGGGGAGAAUCAAGUCUGUCUACCCCCCACCCCAGGUGUCAGCGGGCUGGGCUGGCCCCGCCCACAGACCUCUAGGAGAGGGACCACCAGGAUACUCUAGGUUACCAGGUAACCCCCUGUGCCCCCAGUGGUCUGACCCCUAUGGUGAGGUCAGAAAUCCCCCAGUGGAACGGAUCAUCCCAAUAGAGAGAGUCCCCAACAAAGGACACGGUGUGAUGACCCCUAUCAACUCCAGUCAGCCUGUUGCCCCUCAUCACUCAAGCCUCACUCACAGGUUCUCCUCAACCCCUCCUGUGGUGGCUCCUAAACCAGUGGUCCACACACAUGCUUCUUGCCCUCCCCCAAUCAGUGCUAAGCCCCCUGGACCCAAUCUUCAAGACCCUUACCCCAAUCUCUCAGGUUCUAAGCAACUAGUGAACAUGGGGCCAACGGUGACCUUCAACCCGCAGCUUGCCAGCAAAUCCACCACCCAGACACAAGUUGGAUCUAAGUCAGUCACUCGACCGCAAGUCAAUUCUAAGUCAGUCACCCAGACUCAAGCUGGAUCCAAGUCAGUCACUCAACCUCAAGUCAACUCAAAGUCGGUCACUCAGCAGACUGUUGGCAGUAAGUCGACGAGCUCUCAGCCUCAAGCUGGCACAAAGUCCUAUGCUCCUGUAGAUACAAAGCCCAGUGUAAUUUCUGGAAGUGCCAGGGAACCAGCCAAAGCUACCAGUACAACCACGCCAGUCACUUCUACAAACAUAUCAUCGGGUCCGACUGCACUGCCGCACACCUCACAGGGAACUAGAUCCACUCCCACUAUUAGUCAAAGUUCUCCUGCUGUUAAUGAAUCUAUCAAGAAGUCCUCAUCAGAGGAGAGUAAGGCUGUAACCCCAUCCCCGGCAGCUUCCCCCCACGUUCUGAAGCGUGGCUUCUCUAAGAUUAUGGAGAACGAGUCAUUGGUGGACAUGGCCAGGAAGGGUCUGCUAGAGGACAUUACUGAGUCCAGCCACGACCACAUGUUUGUCCAGACCUUCAUCCUCCCAGACCUAACCGUAUUCUCAUCCGAUUACCGGGCCUUUCUGGAGAAGGACCUGAUAGAAACGUCCACAUUGGUGUCACUGGAACAAGCAGGGCGUCUUAAUUGGUGGGCAGAGAUGGGAAUUUGCCAGAGACUGCUUCCCAUGGCAACCACUGGGGAUGGAAACUGUUUGCUGCAUGCGGCCUCUCUUGCUAUGUGGGGGAUCCAUGACCGCCAGCUGAUGUUGCGGCGAGAGCUCUACGAGACUCUAACCAAGAAGUCGUACCGGCAGGCUCUGUACAGAAGGUGGCGCUGGCAGCAAGCUGCACAAAACAAACAGGCGGAUCUGAUUUUCUCGGAGGAUGAGUGGCAGACGGAGUGGAACAGUGUACUGAAGCUGGCGUCGACAGAACCUCGGAUAAUGCCGGGAAUCCGCCGCAACAGCAGCUGUUGUGACAGCCUUAUCACAAAUUCUAGCGAUGAGAAUGGCCCUGUGAUCUACGAGAGCUUGGAGGAGUUCCACGUCUUCGUUCUGUCCCACAUCCUUCAGCGGGUCAUUAUCGUUGUCGCAGACACCGUACUAAAGGACUCCAUGGGUGAGGCACUGGCCCCCAUUCCAUUCGGAGGGAUUUAUCUGCCCCUGGAAUGUGAUCCUAAGUCUUGCUACCAGUCGCCACUUCUUCUAACCUACGAUGCAGCACAUUUCUCAGCAUUAGUUCCCAUGGAAACAGAUGAAAAAGAUUGUCUUCCAACUGCCAUCCCAUUGGUGGAUCCUGCUCUCAAAUUACUUCCUGUGCAUUUCCUCGUUGACCCCGGACCGACCUUCAACUGGGACACAAACACCAAUACAGCUGGUCCACAAGCAAAGACUGUGUACAGUGAGGAGGACAAAAUCAACCUGCUGAACUCAUACCUACAGACCGAGCGUCUCCCUGCCACUCACCUGGACUACGACAGUGACUGUGAUUGGAGGAGUGGGGGGUCCACAGAGUCGGACGACAACACCAAGAAGAGAGACAAGCAGGGCACACAGCAGCAGGGCGGCAAUGUCACCAAGCAGUUCGGGAGUCUUGGAAAGAGCAUCAACAAGAAACUCAAGAAGAACUUUGGCAGUGUGGGCAAGGCCUUGAAGAACAUGGGACCAGAGAGCAAAUUGAGCAAGAAAGGGUCGGUGGGCAGUGGCCUGACUCAGAGUACACGAGUACCCAUGACCAUAGCAGCCUUCGCUGAACAAGAGCAGUCUCUGGUUCUGUGUGCCAAAGUGUCAACCAAGCAAACGGAGAUGCAUAAAGAGAUGAUAAAAAAUUACAUGCUGGACGCGCGUCAUCGGUUUCAGCAGGACCGACAAAAGAGACAGGCACGGGGGGAGGAGAUACGGCGCCGGUCCAUGGAGAUGGAUAGAAACAACGAAUGUAUCAAUCCAGGCUGUAAGAUGUUUGGUCAUCCAGAGACCCACUAUAUGUGUUCUAAGUGCUUUAAUGAUCACAAACAAGAGGCUGUGUUACAGGAAAAAUACAAGACUGGGAAACAGUCGUCUAAAGACACUGUAGAGAGUUAUGGGAAAUCAAAGUUCUAUAUACCAACAGACGAGGAGGAAAUUACAGCGCACAACAAUAAAACAGUUACCUCAAACAUCAAACCCGUCCAUUUUGCUCCUCAGAAGGUCAAUCUACCGCCCGAGAGACCCCAGCCUGAGGUUCAGAUGCGGCCCCAGUCUUUUUCUCAUAGUGUGGCUACCAAACCAGGCACUGCAGCCCAGAUCAGGGAAACUCGCGCUCUCUCAAACCCAGUCAGGGCCCGGACGCCUUCCCCAGAUUAUGACAAUGUGGACUAUUCCUUUCGUUUGAAGGAAAUUCCAGUUUCUGUAGGGAAACCAAGCAUUGGCCCUCCCCAGCAGACGGGGCGCCCUGUGUCUGAUUUUGUGCCCCCUACCACUUCCCCCCAGACAAACAGACGCCCUAUGUCAGAGCUUGUCAGACAGUUGGAUAAGCCUAAAGUAGCUACAGCAUGUAAAACUGCUGGCUGUGAUUUCUUCGGAAGUCCGGAGCAAAAUGAUUACUGUUCUGCUUGUUUCAAGAAAAUAAAACAAAGACAGGACCAACAGCAGCUAACUCGCGUGUGACUGCCAAUCUCACUCAGCCAGCCUCAGCUGUUUGUGAAUUCUGAUAACUUAUGGUCAGGUACUCAAGUGUGUGCCCUAGCCCUAGCCUUCUCCAUUAUUUUUGGGUAGUUUAAUACUCAAGUAUGGCUACCAAUCUCACUUAGUUAGCCUUAGCUGUUUGUAAAUGAUGUUAACUUUUGGUCAGGUACUCAAGUCUGUGCUCGAGCCUUCUCCAUUGUUUGUGAGUAGUUUAAUACUCGAGUGUGGUUACCAAUCUCACUUGGUCAGCCCUAGCUGUUUGUCAGUCCUGUAACCUGAUAUUCUAGACUGUGUUCCUUUGUGAAGUGCUUACUAUCUUUUACUUAAUGAUUUAUUUAUUUUGUGAUAUUUACAUGUAGCAUUAUGUAGAUGAUGGUAAAUGAAGAACAGCAACUUUUGUCGUUUGUUCCCCGAAUGAUAUCAGCUAUUGACAGAGGAAUUAGUAUUGGUUUGAAAUUUAGUUUUCCCAUAUUGUUUUUUAAUGGUAUGGUUUAAGUGUAACAAAAUACAAGUAGAUACAGAUAUAUCUGUAUCUACCUGUAUAUAUCCCAUGUUUUAUAACUUCCUAUUUGUGUCACAGCUUUGUUUUUACAGGAUUGAUAUCAUCGGUUGUGUUUUGUAUAUAUGUGUAUUAAAAUGAAAGUAAGCAUUUGCUAUUUAUUGUAUAUUGUUAUUAAAACUGAAUUUCCAAAUAAUUGUCAGAAAGCAUUUACAUUUUUCAAAGAUACUAAAUGCCCACCAAAAUUACUAACCAAAUAAAGUUUACAAUUUUCUAGUGCGCAGGUAAAAGACUAAGUGUUUUUUAAAUACGGUAUAUACAUUCCAUUGCAGAAAUUUGUUUUUGAAUAGAUUUCUGCUUUUUGAACCUUUAACAACGAAAAUUGAUCAUUUUUUUUUAUGAAAAGUGAAGUAAUAAUCUUUAUUGUGUUUGUUGAUUUAGGGUAAGACUGGUGUUAGAGGGAUAAUAGAAAUACUUGCAAGUGUAUUUAAUGGGGUAGACAUUUUUUUUACUUAUACAUGUUCACAUAUUAUAUAAGGGUAAUACCUAGUCAAUUUAUUUAGUAAACCAAUGAGAAACACCUGAUAACAGUAGCUUUUUAGGGUUUUUUCUAUGUAUUCAACUACCUGUUAUGUGUGGUAUAUAUCUGACAGUGUGUAGAUUUCUGGUAUAGUUUGGAUUGACCUUGUGGAAUUUAACAACUUGGUGUCUGUUCUUACUUUGAAAGCAAACAAAGAUUUGAGACAAGUAAGGCUUUUAUAGUUUUUUGCUAAACCAUGUCUCUAGUUAACUUUAUUUAAUUACGUACGUAGCUGCAAUAUUGUUCUAUAGAAACAAACAUUUUCUUACGGUUUUAAUAGCUUAAAUCUGUGGUGAAAUUGUAUCAUUCCGAUGAUGUAAACACAUUGUCAAGUACAGGUUUGUGCAAUGUAGAUUGUAAUAUGAAAGGAAGCUAGUCUCUUGUAAAGUAUUUCAUAUUUCAGAUGCUUUCUUUAAUUGUAAAGCUUUACACAGUUUGGCCAGAUGUUUAUGAUUUUCUUGUAUCUGUAAAUGCACUUGUUUUAUAUAUUAUGUUGCAUUUCAAUGUUUUAAUUCUGUUAUUAAGCUUUCAUAUUUACAUUUAUAUUUUGAAACCAAAAUUUUUCAUUAUAUAUUUAAUUUAUUUUCUUUGAUAUUCCUGCAUCUUUUGCAUUCCAUAGAAAAUAACAAGCUAGUCUCUACACUUAUUAGACAGUGGGAAAGCUGAAUUUCUUUGAGAGAUAAAUACCUCAGUAUAAAAUUUCACUCAUGUAUCGGUAGUUAUAGAAGUAAUUAAGUAAGAUUGUACCAUUACAGUCCCUUAAAUUGAUAAAUGUGAGCAUGUUGCUUUCUAUUGCUUGUACAUUCUUAAGGUA